ACAACUAUUGUCUUGUCACUCUUACAAUGGAUCUUUCCACUGAUUCAGAACCACCACCCCCAUCACCACCACCAGAUUCCACCACCGCCACCCUCAACGGCACCAUCACACCGGAUCAAAACCCAGAACCACCACCACCACCACCACCACAAUCAUCUUCCUCCUCAUCACCACCACCAGAACUCCAACUCCCGAUAUCCUGGCCAGAAGACGCAAAACUAACCAUCGAAUGGAUCCAAAACCUAACCCUCGCCUUCGAUUGGUCUUCCAAGAAUCUCCCUGCUUCCGAAUUCCCAUCCAUUCUCCCCGUUCAUGUCUUCGAUUCUCUCAUCCUCAUCGCCUCCAAGAUGCUUCACAAAGAACCUAAUUGCGUCCCUAUUCAACCCUUUCGUCCCGAGCCCGAUUCUUCGGCUUCCGUUGUGGUUGUUGGCGAUGUUCAUGGACAAUUGCAUGAUCUCCUUUUCCUUCUCCAAGAUGCUGGGUAUCCGUCGAAAGAUCGAAUCUUUGUUUUUAAUGGUGAUUAUGUUGAUCGUGGAGCUUGGGGUCUUGAAACUUUCUUGCUCUUGUUGGCUUGGAAGGUUUUCAUGCCGGAGAACAUAUAUUUAUUAAGAGGGAACCAUGAAUCGAAAUAUUGCACGUCUGUUUAUGGUUUUGAGAAAGAAGUAAUGGUAAAAUAUGGUGAUAAAGGUAAACAUGCAUACCGGAAAUGUUUGGGAUGCUUUGAAGGUCUACCUUUGGCUUCUAUUAUAGCAGGGUGUGUAUACACUUGUCAUGGAGGACUUUUUCGUAGUGUAACCGUGACGCCUGCAAAGAGAUUAAAAGGAAAGAAAAAUCGUAAGAUGAAUGUUAAUACUGACAGCAAAAAUAUAUGUCUUGGUUCCUUGGAAGAGUUGUCAAAGGCUCGACGUUCAGUACUUGAUCCUCCUUGGGAAGGACCAAACUUGAUUCCUGGUGAUGUUUUGUGGUCCGAUCCUUCAAAAACUCCUGGUCUUUCUCCAAACAAAGAAAGAGGCAUCGGCUUGAUGUGGGGUCCUGAUAAAACUGAAGAAUUUUUGAAGAAGUACCAAUUUAAGUUGAUCAUUAGGUCACAUGAAGGUCCUGAUGCUAGGGAGAAAAGGGAUGGUUUUGAGGGAAUGGCUGAAGGAUACACUAUUGAUCAUAUUGUGGAUUCUGGAAAGCUGGUCACUGUUUUUAGUGCUCCAGAUUACCCACAAUUUCAGGCAACAGAGGACAGGUAUAACAACAAAGGUGCCUAUGUUGUCCUUGAGCCCCCAAAUUUCGACAAUCCUAUAUUUCGUGGAUUUUCGGCUGUAACUCCAAGGCCAAAGGCGAAUCCCUUCUAUGAUUAUCAAGAAGUGAUAGACUCUGAUGAAGAAUUGGACUUGGCCUCCAUGGUAACUACCUGAGAGAUUUUUGUAAGAAGUAAAUAUUUUGAAGUUGUCAGAUGUGUAAAAUUUGGAUCAUCAUUUUUUGAAAAACAGCUUUGAUCAUUAACUUCUAGUUAUUUAUUAUUAACCUGAUUUAUUAAGUUUGUGAUAUCAAUUUCUUCAAAUUAAACCAGGCCCCUGAAGUAGUAGUUACUGAAUAGUUUCUACAUUUCAUCUCAACCUUUCAUUUAUGACAUUCAGAUCCAAACUGAUUUCAAACAAUUGUACAGUUGGAAUUUGAGACAUUUGUACUAGCCUUUGUGGUAGCUUAGAGUUUGAGUUCUUGAAAUUGAUGUUCAAAUUAUGUUAGUUUGGUAUCAAGAACAAGUAGAAAAUCAAAUUCAUGUAUGCAAAGAUGAAUCUGGUGAGAACUAUUGUGUGGAAAUAGUCAUAGUUUAACACUACUAGAAAAAGCAAAAUUAGCGAGGGAAAUCAGUGACCGAAAAAAUGAAAUUCCUCACAAAUUCCUUGGUCGCAAAAUUUAGUGACGGAAUUAGAGAGGGAUUUUACAUUUUCCUUCACUAAAUUUUGUUUUUUUUUAGUAGUGUAACAUUAGGACAACUGUACUUGACAGUAUAAUUUAUCACUGAAGUGUACUUGUUCUUUUGGAUUA